GAUGAGGAAAUCGAGGCUAUUCGUUAAAUCAGACAUCGAAAAGUGAGCACCACUUCGAAGCUCAGUAGACUCUCAUCAACAGUAGCCAUUUGUAAUAUCUUAUAGUGAUACGAAAUCGAAGUGAAAACCUUAAAGGAGGAAUAUACUUUGCAAUAAGACUAGUUAGCCGUGAAGACAGCGAUUUAGAAUUUUACAGAUGACCAUUUGAAAAAAAAAUAGUGAUUGAAACCUUUUUAUGAGAACCGAAUUCAAAUAGUCCGCGAGCUCUUUUUGAGUAAAAGGAUUGCCUGUAACAUGUCGGCUUUAUACAUCAAGCAACAAAUCAAACAAAAAUAUUUGUUGUGGUUCAAAUUCGGAUACUUUAUGAAAAUAUUGUAUAUACGCUGACAUUUUAACCCGGCAAACCUACAACUUCCGCUUGACGAAACGCGAAUGUGACGUGUAAGGUCAUUGCAUCAUGAAAAACAGAGGAGUAAAAAACCACAAUAUUAUCACAACGGCAAUUUACUUAUUUUUGGCACAGAAACUAGCGACACUAUCAAUGCUAAAUAGCUUCCUAUAAAUUCCUCGGAAUAAAGCAAUGAAAUGCAUACAAAAUAGCAAAACAAACAACACUUCGUACUAAAUCGAUACGAAUUGAUCGAUCGAAAGCGGAAAGCAACGCUGUAUACUAACUGACCCAUUUUGCAUCAGUACGAUUUACAGAAUUGGGGCUAAAGCAUCGAAUUCAGAAAUUUUCGAAAAGUUUCUCAGGAAAACCCUUUUCAUAACGGAAAAAUCCAAUAUUGUUAUUUCUAAGUAUCACCAUUGAACGAGAGUUAAAUAAUCGAUCGUGAUCUUGUUGAAGCCACAAAGUGAAUGUUACACAAUCAAUUUUACUUGCCUGAGAAAUUGAAGGAGUAAAGAUCACCGAUUAAAGGAUAAACAAGACAGCUCGCUGCAAAUAUCGUGAGAACAUUUAGCUGGAAGAUCGCACCAAGUGAUCAGCGAAUUUUGUGUGGCCAGCGAAAAUAAAACCCAGCAACAAGCUCUACGGCCAACUGUGGCGAAUGCAUAAAUCAGCGAGACUCGAAAAUCGCGUGAAUGUGAAUGACGCUCGGAAACGCUGAAGCAGCAACUGUUGGCUAAAGACAAAACUAAAGCGCAAGCAAAAAUCGACGCCAAACAGAGACAGCGAAACUAGCGAUCGCCUGCAUUGCAAUAUUUCGUGUACUGUGACUGCAGAUUGCUCAGCAAAUGCUUUUUUAUACUGAAAUCAUUUAAACUAAUUGUAUUUCAAGUACAAAAUAUUUCUCAUAGACAGUUGUACACUUACUCAAAUUCAAAAACAAAACAAACGAGCUAAUACAAAGCCAACACGCACUGCCCUAAGUAACACAAAUCGCACCGAGCACAACAACGGAUCCUUAUCUAACAUAUGCGAAUAGCGCUCACCAAACACACAUAGUAAUCGAAAACGAAACUAAAACACUUGAAAGAGCUGCGUCCCAUUUGAUCAACAGCGCAGCAGCGGCAGACCCUUACUGCACGCGCUACAAAUCGACAAACUCAGUAUACGCUUCCCUUGCUACAAAUCUAGUUUGCUAACCCGCUACCCCCCUACCCUUUACUCCAUCCCAAUUGUGGUUAUCUGCCCGAGCGUAAAAGAGAAACUAUGGCGCUCACAUACAGAUUGCGUCCCUCGCGUCCCCGCCAUUUGGCAACACACGCCUAUGAGGACAACUAUGGCUACACAAUGAACUUCUAUCAGCCGAUGCUCGAUUAUUUGGAUGCGAAAACAAAGAAACUAAAUGUCGACCCGCCGCACUUGCCGUGGUCAAGUGAGCGCGGUCUGCGACAAUAUCGCCCCUCAAACCCGGUACGUCGCUACGAUGCGGACGAAGUAUUGCGCCUGUCGCGUGCCUGUGCCCAUCGGGCAGAUGAAAUUUUACUUGAUUUUCGUGUUAGGAAGCGUACGCCAUUCAGUGUGAUAAAACUCGCCGACGCAGCGCGUGUUAACAGGCAUAUUGAACCCGAUACGGUAGUAGAACGCUCGCGUGAACGUCGUCGUCGUCGUCAACAGGAUUUAGAGGAUCUAAUACGUCAAGACACUAUAAAAGUAUUACAACGUAUACGUAGAAUGGAGUUGGAUAAUGAUUGUGCCCGCAUGACGGACGAAUUUAAACGUUCGAUUCGUGGCAAAUCCGCUACGGCCAUAGCACAGGCGCUCAUCUCGGAAUCUGAGCGUAAUAUCAAGACUUCGAAACGUGAAGAGGAGGACUUUCUCGCACAGACAUUGGUGCGUGCAAGUCGUGCUGCGAGUCGUGUGCGCUCCGGCUCACCGGAUGGUCGCAUCUCAUCGCAUGCCUAUCAUAUCGAAUUGAUGGACGAACGUCUGGUCGAUAAGCUCGAUCAUCGCGUCUCCUCGUCAUUGCAUAAUGUUAAGCGUCAGUUGUCGACACUCAAUCAGAAGACGGUCGAAUUUUAUGCAGACUCCAGCAAGCAAACCGCCAUCGAAAUCGAACAAUUGAAUGCUCGCGUGGUUGAAGCUGAGACCCGCUUGAAGACCGAAGUACAACGCAUCAAGAAGAAGUUGCAGGUGCAAAUCACCGAACUGGAAAUGUCCUUGGAUGUGGCCAACAAGACCAACAUCGAUUUGCAAAAGGUUAUCAAGAAGCAGUCAUUGCAAUUGACCGAAUUGCAGGCACACUACGAGGAUGUACAACGCCAGUUGCAGGCCACUUUGGAUCAGUACAAUGUGGCUCAGCGCCGCUUGGCUGCACUCAACGGUGAACUGGAAGAAGUCCGCUCGCAUUUGGACAGCGCUGUGCGUGCUAAGCGCACUGUUGAAUUGCAGUACGAGGAGGCGCAGACCCGCAUCAAUGAACUGAGCACCGUCAACGUCAACUUGGUGUCGUUGAAGUCGAAAUUGGAGCAAGAAUUGUCGGUUGUCGCCGCUGACUACGAGGAAGUCACCAAAGAAUUGAGAAUCAGCGAUGAGCGCUACCAGAAGGUUCAGAUUGAACUGAAGCGCACCAUUGAAAUUGUUCACGAGGAACAAGAACGUGUCGUCAAAUUGGAAACUAUCAAGAAGUCUCUGGAAGUCGAAGUCAAGAACUUGUCCAUCCGUUUGGAAGAGGUUGAGCUGAACGCUGUGGCCGGUAGCAAGCGCAUCAUCAGCAAGUUGGAGGCCCGCGUACGUGAUUUGGAAUUGGAAUUGGAGGAAGAGAAGAGGAGACACGCCGAAACCAUCAAGAUUUUGAGAAAGAAGGAACGCACCGUCAAGGAAGUCCUGGUACAAUGCGAAGAGGACCAGAAGAACAUCAUUUUGUUGCAGGAAGCUUUGGACAAAUCGGUUGCCAAGGUUAACUUGUUCAAGCGUCAAUUGGCCGAACAGGAGGGCAUGUCUCAACAGUCCGUGACCCGCGUUCGCCGUUUCCAACGUGAACUCGAAGCUGCCGAAGAUCGUGCCGACUGCGCCGAAACCAAUUUGAACAUGAUCCGCGCUAAGCAUCGCACAUUCGUCACCACCUCCACCGUUCCCGGCUCCCAGGUUUACAUUCAGGAGACAACAAGAACGAUCACCGAAUAAGUUAUUCGCACAAAACUAAAAUAAAAUAAAUUAAAAAACAAAACAUAAACCAAAUCAACUGAACAUUUUUAUUAUAACAACCACAAUCAAAAAGAAAAGGACCAACAACAACGACAACACCUUCGGUCUUCAAGCCGCUUAUAAGCCUACAAUUAUGCUACCAAGACGGUCCCGUAAACUCCGCAAUGUAGCAGUUCAUGUAUUUUUAAUUAAUUAAAUGAACAACAAAUAAAUUAUCUAAACUAAACUAUGUCCUAUUUAAUUUACAAUUAAUUUUUGUUACCACUCAAAUUUUUUGUUAAAAGAGAAUUAAAAAAAAGAUUCACAAAAAAAACAUUAAAAAUAUUUAUAGAAUAUAUUGAAAUUUUUCUAAAAAUAAAUUUAAGCUAUCCCAUUAAUACGAGCGAGAGAGAGAGCGCGCAAAACAAAAAAAUACGAAAAAGAAUUAAAAGCGUUUCCUUUCGAAAAUUGUCAGACACACACAUACAUACAUACUCAAAUAUGUAUUAACUGUUGCUGUAGCGAUUUUUAGGUUAAAUUUAUUAUGAAACACAAGUUAAAAAAAAGAAAAUUUAUUCUAAAAACAAAAACUCAACUAACGAAUACUGCGUUUAUUUUUCUAAUGCGAAAAACAUUUGUAAAAUGUAUGGGAAAAUAAAAUACGAACGAAAUUUAAGUCAACAAAAACAAAAAAUACAACAAA